CGCGGCCGGCGACUAUAAAAGGCGGCCGGGGCGGCGCGAUCCCCUUCUCGAGCCGGGCGAGGCGGCGGCGAGCGCGUGUCUCGGGCGCCUGCUCCUUUGUCCGACGGCCCGUCGGCCUCUCCGGGGGCGGCAUGGCAGUCCCAGCAGCCCUCGCGGCCCCGCGGGCGGCGCGCCUCCUGCGGCCGGCGCUCAGCGCCUGCCGCCCGCUGCAUGUCACGGCGGCCAGAAAUGAAGCUGUGGUGAUUUCUGGAAGGAAGCUGGCCCAGCAGAUCAGGCAGGAAGCCCGGCACGAAGUGGAGCAGUGGGUGGCCUUGGGUAACAAGAGGCCGCACCUGAGUGUGGUUCUGGUUGGAGAAAACCCUGCAAGUCACUCCUAUGUCUUGAACAAGACCAAGGCUGCCGCAGAUGUGGGAAUCAGCAGUGAGACCAUUUUGAAACCCGCUUCCAUCUCAGAAGAGGAGCUGCUGGAUUUAAUCGGCAAGCUCAACGAUGACGACAAUGUAGACGGCCUCCUGGUUCAGCUCCCUCUGCCUGAGCACAUCGAUGAGAGAAAGGUGUGCAAUGCUGUAGCCCCAGAUAAGGAUGUGGACGGCUUUCACGUGAUCAAUGUGGGGCGCAUGUGCCUCGACCAGUACUCCAUGCUCCCUGCGACGCCCUGGGGCGUGUGGGAGAUCAUCAAGCGCACGGGCAUUCCUACGCUGGGCAAGAACGUGGUUGUGGCCGGCAGGUCCAAAAAUGUCGGCAUGCCCAUUGCAAUGUUGCUGCAUACAGACGGCAGGCAUGAGCGUCCUGGAGGGGAUGCCACUGUGACCAUCUCUCACCGUUACACUCCCAAGGAGCAGCUGAAGAAGCACACAAUUCUUGCCGACAUCGUGGUGUCGGCCGCCGGCAUCCCCAAUCUAAUCACAGCAGAUAUGAUCAAGGAGGGAGCUGCGGUCAUCGACGUGGGGAUAAAUCGGGUUCAUGAUCCCAUCACUGCCAAGCCCAAAUUAGUGGGAGAUGUGGAUUUUGAAGAAGUUAAGAAGAAAGCCAGCUACAUCACUCCGGUUCCUGGGGGUGUGGGGCCCAUGACGGUCGCCAUGUUGAUGAAGAACACCAUCAUUGCCGCCAAGAAGCUGUUGAAGCCCGUUGAACGGGAGGCUGUGAAGGCCAGAGAGUUGGCAGCAGCCACCUCUUAAUGGGUGCCUCUUUAUUUAAAACAAAACGAAACAUUCCAAGUCAUUUUUUUAAAAAAGAAGCAAACAGGCCGAUAGAAAUGCAAUAUUUUAAUUUAUUCUACUGAAAUAAUUUUCAGAUGUUUGUUUGCGGUCAGGCUAUUUAUUGAAAGCAUGAGUGCGAGCCACUCUGUGCGCUCAGACCCGCAUCUCCCCUUCUGAGACGGCUGCAGGGCGGGCCUGAGUCCUACAAACUAAUCUUGGCACAUUGGCAAAUUGACUCUUAGGAACUAAGGCCAUUAAAGCAUAUGUGGCCUGGGACCCCGAUCACUGAUUGCGAGGGUCACUGAGUCAUGGGGGGGUGGGGCUUGAUAAAAUCAGGUUGUCUCAUUUAUCCUCCUGACCCUCAUCUGUGGCCCCUCUUGAAGGCUUUUAGGGUAUAGUCUCAGCAGUUCAGAUGAAGGGAAAAGAGAAGCCAUGUCUAAUCUAGAACAUCUUAGCCGGACCCUCCACGCCCCCAGAAAUCCCGGCCUGCUAGUUCCCAGAUGUGCAUAGCCACCCAAAGUGGGUGAUCUCUUUCAGACCAAAGCUCCUUGGUGGGGCAGGGGAGCAAACAGGCAAACAGGAAAUGGUCGUUUUUGAAAACGGGCCCCUUCGUGUGGGGUGUGGGGGACUUAGUGUCCUGUGAUUAAUUACAAAAGGACUCCUUGUUUGACUUCAAGGUUGAGAUUCAUCCGUGGCUCUAACAAAAGCGAACCAGACUUGAAAGCUCUCACUGGGGGACAUUUUGUACUCUGGGGGAUGUUGGUUAUUUUGGGCACAUCCUCCUCAGACUUGUGGAAAGGGGCUGGUCCAGGCAGGCUGUGCUUGGGAGAGGGCCUGGCACUCUCCUUUAAUAACCAAAGAAUUUGCAGUAGCAGCUGGCUUCUUUCCACAUAGGUCCCUGUUGCCUUUCCUGAAAGUCUUUGAAAGCUUGCAGUGCUUACUGAAUUACCCCACCAGAUUUUUGAUUAAA